AUGGAAGAAGUUAGAAGAAGUAAACGAAUUAAGGCACAAAAACAAGAACAACAACAGCAACAGCAAAAAUCCAUAAAGAUCACAAAAAAGUCUCCAAAAGGACGGAGGAAACCAAAGAAAUCUGAAAAUAAUGAAUCUACAAACUUAGCGAAAGCUUCUAGUCUUCCAGUGAAAGUUGUUUCGAAAUCGUUGGAUAAAGUUUUGGAGGAUUUACGCUCGCAAAAUGCUGUAACUCAUCCGAUUUUUUUCAAAGAAAAGUUGGAGAAAAACUCUGAUAAAUCCUUUACAGAUACUGGAAGUGACAGCAUAUUAUCACCCAUUGAUCCUUUGCCUCAAAAUAUCAGAAAUACCCGAGAAAAAAAUAUAAACUUGGAGUUGGCAUCUUCUGAUAAAGUCGAAUCCUUGUCUAAUAAGGACAAAUACGCGGAUUUUAAGUCAUUAAAAUUGAAAGCUCGGCGAAAAUCUCGUUUAUUGAAAAAUCCUAAUGCUGUUUUUUCUAACAAGGAAAAUAACGCGAUUAUCAAUCAAGUAAAAAAUAAUCCAACAUCUUCACUCAAGCCACCCAAAUCGUUUUCAGACUCAAAAUCAAGACAUCAAUUAGUUACAAUUCAAAAACCUAAUGGACAAACAAUUCAUAGUGGUGGUUCUCAAAAACUCACCAAUUCACAGCUGCAAAAUCCAAAGCUCCUUUUCAAUGAUUGGACCAUCAAAGAAAGCAUUAUAAUUACCUCCAAUAAGCCUUUUUCGAUGGGCAAUCUUCUCCAAAGUGACGAUGAGGUAUUUCUUGACGAGAUGGAAGAAUCAAAUGAUAAUCCUUCAACAGAAUUAUCAUUGGAGACGCACGAAUCUCAACGUCUGGAAUUCAGGAAAUCGUUGAAACAUUGGAUUUAUCCUCCGAAUCAAUUCGAAUACGGGCAAGUUAAAUCAUUGGAAAGUCUAUUCUGCAAACCAAAUUUCCCUUAUCUUAAACCAAACACCGUCAGUUAUACGGCUGAAAUGAAACUCUUAAAAUAUUAUCGAGAGAUGGAAGAAAAUUGGAAAAAGACAUUCAUCUUGUUGUAUCGUAGUUUUUAUAAAGGAGAGAUUCCUUAUUUCUACUACAAUAAUUCCUCUUUUACUGUUCUUUUCCUUUCACCGGGUUGUUGUUGUUCAACGGAAGAUCAAAAACAAUUCGAGGGAAUAUUGAACACAUCUAAUAAAGCACUUCGAGAUGAACUCGCCUCCAAAAGUAUUUCUUUUAAUAUGCCUCUAUAUAAUGAAGAAAAUGAUGAGUAUUUUGAUCAGGUUGGACCUCUUGAUGAAAAUGACGAAACCCACAAAACGGAGAGAAAGCGUAAAAGAAGAGAUGUAAAUGGUGAACAUGAAUCACUACUCAUUAUCGAAGGAAUCAAAUCGGUACAUGCUCUCUUUAAAUACUUGUUGGAAUGGAAAGAGCCUGCAUAUUACAAUCGAGCCAAAGGAUUUCCAACACUCCUCGCAUCGCACGCUUUUCGGCAUGCCGAUGAGAAAGAAGCAACAGUUGUAAAUAAAGGAGUCGUUAGUUAUAAUAAUUCAGAAAAGUAUACAGUUGAAUUGAAAGGCUUGCUAUUACCAAGUCAACAAACGCAUUUACGCAAAGUGAUAACCGAUAUUCAUGGACCAGAUAUUAAUUGGUACUCAAAGUCAUUUUCUAUCAGUCAAAAUUUGGAUAAAUUGGAAAGAAAAUUCCUUGCAUUUUCUUAA